CAGUGGUCAGAAUAGAAUUAGCAGUCAAACUAAUUCUUCAGCGCCUAAAAAACGCGAUUUCUGAUCCGAUUUCGCCGAUCAGAUCACAUUCAGAAAAUGCUUCUGGCUGUCUUAUUUGCCAACUCCGAGGGCAACGUCCUCGUUGAACGUUUUAAUGGAGUACCAGCAGAAGAGCGUCUGCAUUGGAGGUCUUUCCUAGUUAAGCUGGGUGCGGAGAAUCUUAAAGGGGUUAAGAAUGAAGAACUUCUAGUGGCUUGCCACAAGUCUGUUUACAUCGUAUACACAGUACUUGGAGAUGUCAGCAUCUAUGUUGUAGGAAAGGAUGAGUAUGAUGAACUUGCGUUGUCUGAAGCAAUCUUUGUUAUAACAUCUGCUCUCAAGGAUGUAUGUGGAAAACCUCCAUCCGAGAGACUUUUCCUGGAUAAGUAUGGAAAAAUUUGCUUGUGCCUGGAUGAAAUUGUCUGGACGGGGUUGCUGGAAAACAUUGACAAAGAUAGAAUCAAGAGACUGGUUAGGUUGAAACCACCAACAGAAUUCUGAUUAAGAUUUUCCCAGUCUCUUGUUUAUGCAAAGCUCCUGGGACUCGAGCAGCACUGUGUUUGUUGAGUGUAGUUCUAAUGUAUGUUUUGUAUCUUACCUUGGCUUUUGGAUAGUCUGUCAGUAAUUUUAUUUGCAGGUUUUAGUGCUUUAAUCUUUUUCUUUAUUGGCUUGGCGAGAUAAGAAAAAUCAUCCUACUGCUUUCUAAUUAUGGAGGACCUUUCUCGUUUGAAGCGUGAAGUAGGGAUGGAUGGAUUCCUUUUCCUUCUCUACAUUCUUUGACACGUUUGAGCUGGUUCGUUUGGGGAUUGUAUCUUUAUAAUGCCCUUGCAAUUGAACGGAAUAUGGUUUUGGACCUUUGAA